AUGAUUUGGAUUUAUCAGACUUUUUAUUUCAUUUUCUUACUUGCUUCCGUUUACAGUGAAUGUGUGACUCAAAUCUAUGAAAAUACAUACUUCCAAGGAGGAGACCUCACUACGGUUAUUACACCAAGUGCCAAUUACUGCCAAGUAGUGUGUACUUACCAUCCUACCUGUCUGCUCUUCACCUAUUUGCCAGCGGCAUGGACUAAAGAUCCUGCAAAAAGGUUUUCCUGCUACUUAAAAGACAGCGAUACAGAAAUGCUGCCGAAAGUGGAUAUGGAAGGAGCUGUCUCUGGACAUUCCUUAAAACAGUGUAACAUCCAAAUUAGUGCUUGCAGCCCAGAUGUCCACAUAGGACUGGAUAUGGAAGGGAAAAUUUAUGAUGUUACUAUGGCUGACAGCUAUCAGCAGUGCCAAAAAAGAUGUACCAACGAAAACCAUUGUCAUUUUUUUACAUAUGCCUCAGAAACAUUUCACAAUGCAAGCUUUCGUAAAAAAUGCUUCUUGAAACAUACCAGUGUAGGAACUCCAACCAGCAUAAAGGUGCUUGACGAGGUUGUGUCUGGAUUCUCUUUAAAGCCAUGCCAGCUUUCUGAAAUAGAUUGUCAAAUGGACAUUUUUGAAGAUCAAGAAUUUUCAGGAAUGAAUAUUACAAGUUUUUUGACUCCUGAUAUCUCUGUCUGCCAAACUAUUUGCACAUAUUUUCCAAAGUGCUUGUUCUUUACAUUCUUUACCAGGGAAUGGCAAAUAGAAUCCCAAAGAAAUCUUUGCCUUCUGAAGACAUCAAUAAGUGGGAUACCAGAGGCACUUAUAUCACGAGAAAAUGCUGUAUCAGGCUUUGGUCUCCUAAAUUGCAGAAAAUCCUUUCCUGCCUGCAAUUCUCGCACUUACAUGCAUAUGAAUUUUUUGGGAGAUGAACUCAAUGUCACUUAUACUAAAGGACACAGAGCCUGUCAGCAGGUUUGCACAGAUGUGAUCCGCUGCCAAUUUUUUACCUACUUUCCCCUCCAAGAUUCAUGCAAUGAGGAAAGAAAGUGUGAGUGUCACCUAAGAAUGUCCUCAAAUGGAUCCCCAGUGGAAAUAGUACAUGGGCCAGGAAGGAUCUCUGGAUACUCACUAAGAUUAUGUAAAAAAAAAGCCAGUACUGUGUGUAUGCAGCAUUCUGCAAGAACUAUUAGGAUCGUUGGAGGGACAGACUCUUCUCCUGGUGAAUGGCCAUGGCAAGUCAGCUUGCAUGUGAAGCUGUCUCGUCAGAGACACCUCUGCGGGGGCUCUAUCAUCAGCAAUCAGUGGAUUCUUACAGCUGCUCACUGCGUCAUGAG